GGACCAUAUGGAUGUGAACAUUUCUGAAAGUCCGCGAGAAUGCGGCCACUGGGCCGCAACUUACCCAUAGAAAACCGCGAUAGUUCUCCGACCGUUCGUCUAAAAUUUGGCCAAAAUUAUUCCAAAUUUCUGCAAGCGGACCUCAAGAAAUCAGCGAACUAUUUUUCCGUGCCCACUUGCUCAAAAUUCGCAUGGCCGCCUGCUUCCGGCGAGAGAGAAAGUGUGUCGAAACCGCAGGGUACGCUUGUGCGUUUCGAAUUCGUCAGAAGUUUGCAUGUCCGCUGCGGUACUCCCCAUUUUACGCCGUUUACCUUCGUUGGAAGAACUCAUCGGAUGGUUUCAUGUUUAGUUUCAUAGCGAAUUUGACCGACUUAGAACCCGCUUUUCGACAUCCUUUACUUCCUCCUUCUGCUUUUCUGCGCAAAGAGACUCCACAGCAGUCUCAGGAAGAACCGAAAUACGACUUUGUAGACCCAUUGGGCGCAACAAUCGAGGAGGAACUGCCCGCAAAUGUUACUCGACUUGACUUGGAUGCUUUGGAGAAUAUACAGCCGAAAAAGGAGCAGAUCUUAGAUAACACUCUAGAGACUAAGAACAAGGAUGGGCCAGUAAGAGACGUUGAACUUGUGGAUUUUGAACCCUGGAGAUCGAAACGAGCUCAAAUCUUGAACGAACAUGAAGCCACAGACAAGAAGGGUGCAUACUCUACCUUCGGUUCGGCAUCUCCAGCAAAAUUCACAAUGAGCAGUAAAACGAGGCAUAGAUUGGAGGUGCUAGAAGACAUGUCUGGUCUACGCAAACUAUCCGACAUCUCGCAAAACGAGCUGAUUGUGCAUAUCAAUGACCUUCGUGAGAAGUUUCUUGCGGCUUGGGAAGACAAUCAAAGAGUCGAGUCUGUUCGGAUCAUGGUGGAGCUCUCACGAAUGUUAUCGGCUCCAACUACUCCAAACUUCUUUCCCGUUCAGUGGGUGCUUGUAACCGAUAUUUUGGAUUUAUUUGGAAAUCUCGUUUAUGAACGUUUGCUAACAAAAGCGAAUGAGGAAAGACAGGCGGCAGGCUAUUCUCUUUUAUCAAGCAACUUUGUAUCGAACGACAUACUGCCAGACACUGUAGAGGUUGCUCAGAACUGGUUUUGCAAAAUCGCCGACAUAAAAGAGGCUGUACCAAGAUUUUAUGUAGAAACCACGCUGAUAGGAUGUUUGCGUUUUCUGGACAGUAUAACUAUGCGUGUACAUCUUCUGCGAAUGGCCACGAUGGUGGAAUUGUUUUCUCAUCCGUUGUCAGCAGCAUAUGCUCGUGCCUAUAUUUGCAAAAUUGCAAUGAUUCUUGAGCCUACUGAUCGAGGGCCACAUUGGAAGGCGCUCAAUGACUGGAUGCAAGCAUCAAAGCCACCCACCGAGUAUGUCGCUCCAGCUCUUGAAUGGAUUGUUCAAUGCGUGUCUUACGGUGCCGCAACCAUCGAAGAUCUUGGUCCACUAUGGGAGUACUGUAAGCAGUCAGAACAACGUGGCAUGCUUCUCCAUGCUUUUGUGUUGUCAAUCCCGCUCAAGUACUUGCUCAAUCAUUGCCUGAAAGUGUGCGAAAUACUGGUUUUCCAACAACGCCCCGCUGAAGAUUUUGAAGUUUUCGGCAAGCGUUUACUGUCCGGUGAGACGCCAGAGGAAACACGUUUUGAGAUACUGCGGUUGGUGCUACCGUAUAUCUCCAAAUUUGAAGGUAGUGACUUUAUGAGAUGCUGUGUGGUGUGGAGCAGAUUUAUUAGCAGGUACUUUUCGGUGAAGGAAAUAUCAGAUCUGUGCGAAUUAACGUUUGUUAAGACAAGGAAAAGCAAGAAUCCAACUGACCAUUUUGCUGAACUAGUCAUCAUAGUGGAAAGCAUAAUGGAAUGUCGAAGCGAAGACCUCUCAACCGUGCUCAAACUGAAGCCUUUUGUUGACAUACUUGACUAUGUGAGAGAUGAACCAUAUGGGUCAAAAUGUGCAAGGUCUGUUCUAACGGCUAUCAUACAUGCGUUCCAAGUAGAGGCCGUUGACGAUUUGAUUAUCGUGGAUAGGAUAGUUGAGCAAUGCAGUCGCUUGUGUUUGUCGAUCCGUCCUGAUUCGAUCCAUGAUGAGGUGAAAAUCGUUGAUCGGAUUGUGUCGUCUGCACUGGAUCGACCAAUGAUAGCUGAAGAUCCGGAACGACAUCUGGCAUUUCUUGUUCGAGCUCGCUCGGUUCUCUACCAGAGUGAUGAUAUCAUUGCCCAUAUUCUUAUGCUAAUGAUUUCCUUUGCUUUGCAAUUUUACGAAAAUCGGCCUGCAUCCAAUAAAAAGGCUACAUUCAUGAGGGCACUUAUUUCUAAUCUGUUUAUAACCACACCCUCCAUCAAAGAUCCAGUCGUGCGAUUACAUUUUACUUUGCGAACAAUAUACUUGAGCCUUUUGGCAAACUCCCGACCCCAGACGGAAGCUCUUCUUCAUUAUUCCCUACAAACAUUGAACGAUCUCGAUGUUUCACCAGCUCAAUGCUUAUCAUUAUAUUCACAAUUUCUUGCUCUUCUUGUAUUUAUUCCGGACACGUCCAAGGAUAAACCAUUGCUCAUGUUUAAUGAAUUUGUUAAAGUUGUUCAGAGAAAGAAGUGGCCGCAGAAUAGUGAAGGUGUGCUUGGGGAUGUUUGGAUAAUUUGUUUGCGAUACCUCUGGGCGGUGUCUCGUCGAGAGUUUCCCGUGAAAUUCACCAAUGUACAAUCUAAUGAUGUUUUUCAUGGAUCAAGUGGAGAAUAUAGCACUGCCAUCAUGGCGAACCUUGAUUUCAUAAUGCAGCAACUACUUGCGUUAAUUGAAACUCAGUCACCUGCGAAACCAACCGUCGCACUCCAUCUUCUCGAAUUUGCGGUUCUAAAGUUGGAACUCCGAGGACCGGUUGUAAAACUCGUAUCCAAUCUCUUGAAACGCUGUGCCAAAAGCGGGCAAUUCGAAGUACGUGUGCGUUGUAUUAUUGAUGACCUGAUAAAGUUAUCCGAAGCGAACGAAGAAGUGAAGCAAGCUCUAGUCAAAUUGAAGCAAGGCAGCAGAAGCGCUAGCAUCGGCCACAAUUUCAAAUCAUUCAGAAUGUUCAGUGAUGAUGAGGACUUUGACACUUAUUUAUCUGACGUCGAUAGCUCUCCAGAAAAGAAUGUAACGAAGAAGAACGGGUUAGAAGAAAAACAGUUCCACGAACUGAUGGAAAGAUGCGAAGAAUUGAGAAAGAGAAUGAAUGAUGUAGAUGAACUUGCGCGGCAGGUGAAAUUUGCCAUGGAGCUGCAAAAGCAAAUGAGCGACUGUUAUUCAAAUCGCAUUACGUCGUUUCCUAUUGAGACGGGUAUGGAGCUGCGGUGUUUAGCAUCCGGCUCUCUGAUGCUUCUUUUUACGAUUUACAAUAAGACCUCAAAUGAUCUCAAGGGCUGGUCAAUCUCUGCUUCUUUGUCAACGGCAGUGGCUGAUACUGUCAAUACCUGUCCCUCCUUAUCGCAGAGCAUAGCUUUGCAGACGCUUGCAGCUGGUGAAGAAUUUUCUUCAGAGCUCUUCGUUGCCCAGCAGCACCUUCGAUUGCCGCUAGCAGUGCGCUUGAACCUGAUUAGGAGUUUCAACAUAGCCGGCGAAGAGAAAUUUAUUGUGAUUGAACUUGAUAGUGCAUAUUUGUCGCUGAGAGACUUGCUAUUUCCUGCACAGUCCCCUCCCCAGCAGGGUCAAGAUAAGAGUAAAGCUACAAUAAUUGGAGGCUUUUCACUGAGAAUUCCGUGUGCAUUGAUAGAUCUUUUAUCUGGCUGUCCUGAUGACAAUGACCCCGUCAAUGUUUUGCGGAUUAUUCUGCCUCGACAUCGUUUCUCUCUUGCUCCGGGUUGCUAUUCUAUUAGUGUCAUUUUGGUUGAGAAUCCAUUUGAUAAACAUUCACUCCAUAUAGAGAUUAUAAGGGAAAGCAAUAGUUUUGUUGUACAUGUUAACUUACGGGACGCUUCGUUACGAAGUCGUUUAAGGGAGUCACUACAAUUACAUAUUAUCCAUUUAUCGUUACGUGUAAAAAAGCGUCCUCCUAAUUCUGUAACUAUCGUAAAUGAUAGUCAUACUGUUGAUGAACUGUAUGAAAAUGUGAUAUCUUCGUUUCUGUGA